AAUUAGAAGACUGUUCUCAUGCGACUCAAUAAUCAUUUGCGACGAUGGCGUCCGUGUCGACCAAAGGCCAGCGGUACAUCGGCGAAACCAGAAAUCAAAUGCGACACGGGUAUGGAGUCUAUAAAUAUUGCAACAAGUUUUUCAAGUAUGAGGGAGAAUGGAAAGAAGGCAAGAAACAUGGGCAUGGGAAACUUCUAAUGAGUGACGGUAGCUAUUAUGAAGGAGAGUUCAUCAAUGGGGAAAUCGAAGGUCACGGCUUCAGGAAAUGGGCAACCUCACGGAACACCUAUUCUGGCCAGUUCUACAAUGGAGAGCUCCAUGGCCACGGGGUCAUGAACUAUGGUCUCGGUGGGUCUUAUGAAGGGGAGUGGCAACACAACAGGAGACAAGGUCAUGGUGUAUUAAAGCUUUCAGAUGGAACUCACUAUGAAGGGUCUUUUCAUAACAACAUCAGGCAUGGUGAAGGGUCGCAAACAUAUGUAAAUAAAGAUCAAUACGUUGGUGAUUGGAUAAUGGACAGAAGACAGGGAAGUGGGGAAUUACGAUGCAAUGAUGGAACAAUAUACGAUGGUCAAUGGAGGAAUGAUAUGUUUAAUGGCCAAGGGACCAUGAUUCACUGUUCAGGGAUGGUCUAUGAAGGAAUGUGGAUUAACGAUAAACCCGCACGUAAGUUACUCUUACAGGCUUGCAUUCAAUAGUAAGUCCAUUUUAGGUUCCCAUAUCACACGUAAGA